AACCAGCAGCACACGUUACAUCCGGUGAGAGACUCGCAGUCGCAGGAGUUUGACACCAUGGCAGCUUAUGGCGAAAUGGGAGUAAUGCCUGAAAUUGCACAGGCGGUGGAAGAAAUGGACUGGCUGUUGCCAACAGACAUUCAGGCCGAAUCCAUCCCGUUGAUUCUGGGUGGAGGAGACGUGCUUAUGGCUGCUGAGACUGGGAGUGGAAAAACUGGAGCCUUCAGUAUUCCAGUCAUCCAAAUAGUCUAUGAGACCCUUAAAGACCAGCUGGAGGGGAAGAAGGGACGCAGUGCUGUGAAGGCAGGAGGAGCAGUUUUCAAUAAAUGGCAGAUGAACCCCUAUGACAGAAGUCCAGCAUUUGCUAUUGGUGCUGAUGGCCUGUGCUGUCAGAGCAGAGAGUUCAAAGAAUGGCAUGGCUGUCGUUCAACCAAAGGAGUCACAAAAGGGAGGUAUUAUUAUGAAGUGACCUGUCACGAUCAAGGGCUGUGUAGGGUGGGCUGGUCUUCUGCCCAGGCAUCACUGGACUUGGGAACGGAUAAAUAUGGAUUUGGCUUCGGGGGAACUGGAAAGAAAUCUCACAAUAAGCAGUUUGACAGUUAUGGAGAGGAAUUCACUAUGCACGACACCAUCGGAUGCUACAUAGAUGUGGAUAAAGGCCAUGUGUCAUUCUCUAAAAAUGGUAAUGAUCUGGGUUUGGCUUUUGAGAUUCCUCAGCAGCUGAAAAACCAGCCCUUCUUUGCUUCCUGUGUGCUGAAGAAUGCUGAACUGAAAUUCAACUUUGGCGAUGAACCUUUAAAAAACCAACCUAAAGAUGGAUAUGUGGCCCUAAACCAGGCUUCAGAUGGUCAUGUGGUUAAAUCCAGCCAGACAGGGAGUGCUAAAGUGAGUCAGGUCAAAUCCAGUUCUAACGCCCCCAAAGCUCUCAUCAUUGAGCCGUCUAAAGAGCUGGCUGAACAAACCCUCAAUAAUGUCAACCAGUUCAAGAAACAUGUUGACAAUCCCAAACUAAGGGAACUUCUGAUAAUUGGUGGAGUGGCUGCUAAAGAACAGCUCUCCGUUUUAGAAAGCGGGGUUGACAUUGUGGUUGGGACCCCAGGAAGACUGGAUGAUCUCAUAUCCACAGGAAAGCUGGAUCUAUCCCAAGUCCGCUUCCUGGUGCUGGAUGAGUGUGAUGGACUUCUCUCAGCUGGCUACACAGACUUUAUCAUGAGGGUCUACAACCAGAUCCCUCAGGUGACCUCAGACGGCAAGAGACUACAGGUGAUUGUUUGCUCUGCCACGCUGCACUCAUUCGAUGUAAAGAAGCUCUCAGAGAAGAUCAUGCAUUUCCCCACAUGGGUGGAUCUGAAGGGAGAAGAUUCGGUACCAGAAACGGUCCAUCACGUGGUGGUGCCAGUCAACCCAAAAAAUGACAGGCUUUGGGAGAAACUGGGAAAGAGCCACAUCAGGACGGAUGAAGUUCAUGCCAAGGAUGACACACGACCUGGAGCCAACACCGCAGAGAUGUGGUCAGAGGCCAUUAAGAUUCUGAAGGGAGAGUAUGCGAUCAGAGCCAUUAAGGAGCAUAAGAUGGAUCAGGCCAUCAUCUUCUGCAGGACAAAGAUCGACUGCGACAAUAUGGAGGAGCACUUCAUCAAGCAGGGAGGAGGUCCAGACAAGAAAGGACACCAGUUAUCUUGUGUCUGUCUUCAUGGUGACCGGAAACCAAAUGAGCGCAAAUAUAACUUGGAGCGAUUCAAGAAACAGGAAGUGAAGUUUCUGAUUUGCACAGAUGUGGCAGCUAGAGGAAUCGAUAUCCGUGGUGUUCCUUAUGUGAUAAACGUGACUCUGCCGGAUGAGAAGCAGAACUAUGUUCAUCGCAUUGGAAGAGUUGGCAGAGCGGACAGGAUGGGUUUGGCUAUAUCCCUGGUUGCAAUGGAGAAAGAGAAAGUGUGGUACCACGUUUGUGCCAGCAGAGGGAAAGGCUGCUACAACACCAGACUCAAAGAGAGCGGAGGAUGCACUAUUUGGUACAACGAGAAAGAGUUGUUGUCAGAAAUCGAGGAGCAUCUGAAAUGUACCAUUACUCAGUGUGAACCUGACAUCAAAGUACCUGUUGAUGAAUUUGACGGCAAAGUGACGUACGGGCAGCGCAGGGCUACGGGGGGUGGUCUCUAUAAGGGCCAUGUGGAUAUAUUGGCGCCGACCGUACAGGAACUGGCCAACCUGGAGAGAGAGGCACAAACUUCCUUCCUUCAACUCAGCUAUCUGCCCAACCAGCUCUUUAAAGCAUUCUAGAACACACU